UUUACCCAAACUUUGGAUUAGAUCGGGUCUCGACUAUCGUAUGAUGUUUUUCUCCUGUUUGCAUUCUUCAUGGCAUUCUGGCAACUCUGGUGAUCUCAUGGAACGCUCCAGGGAUUUUUCCUCCACAAAACAUCUUUGCACUUCUCUGCUGGAAUCUUCACACGAGGAAAUCUGAAUGACCGUUGUAAAGCGCCGCAACAGCUCUCUGAAAUGCGUAUGAUGGGAUUCAGGGUGUGAAUGCGGCUCUGAAUGUGAGGGGAAAAUGCAAAUAUCGUCUUGGAUUUGGAUCCUGCACCUUAUGAAUCUUUCAAAAAGCCAAGGGGGCACGAGUGUUCUGAGAUGGAAACGUAGCUCUUCAGUGAGCAGCGACUGUCAGGCCGGAUGUGCAACGUGCUCUGCACUGAACGGCUGUCUGUCCUGUAAGCCUCGCUUCUUCUUCCACCUGGAGGUGGACGGGAUGCGGCAGAGGGGGACGUGUCUGUCCUCCUGUCCUCGAGGUCACUACGGCACGCGCUCGCCACAAAUCAGCACCUGCACCAAGUGCAACGCAGACUGCGCUUCCUGCUUCAGCGAAAACUUCUGCACACGCUGUCAUCCGGGUCACUUCCUGUUUCGAGGCAAAUGCGAAACCAGCUGUCCAAACAGGCUGACAGCAAACGAAGCUCUGCGAGAAUGUAUCGAGUGUCCUGCAGGCUGUGAGCUGUGCACAAGGAAGAACGUGUGCACGAGGUGUAGGGCAAACAUGUACCACCACCAAGGCCAGUGUCACCACACCUGUCCUAAAGGCUUCGAGCCUAAUAUGCAGCUAAUGGAGUGCGUCCACCAAAGUGAGAAAAAAACGUACUUCUCUGAUUUUUAUUCCUCUAUUUCAACAAGUGCCUUUCUCUCACUGUUAUAUGGGUUCUCAAGUUCACUGUCAGGUUGGAGAGUGGACAAGUUGGGGUCCUUGUGUUCGGAAAAGGGCCAGGUCGGUCCACAGGAGGGGAGAGGAAACCCGCACCAGACAAGUCCUCCUCUCCCCAAGUAUCUUUGGUGACCCCUGUCCACAUUUGUCUGAGAUCAGGAAGUGUGGCAUCAAAAAGAGACGGAAAAAUAGGUUGUGAGCUUUUAAAAGAAAAAACAAAAAGCCAUUCGUAAAAUAGCAGAAGGAGCUGUUUGGUACUGACAGAGAGAGUUUGGCAAGUUUCACAUGGGUGCAACCCACAUACUCAGCUCCGCUGCUCAAGCCACAAAUGCUUUUUCCUAACAAAUGUGACACCAUUUAAGGAGAAAUAAACAAGCUUUCCAACAGUAUAAGAUUUAUUAUCGAGAAGCGCUGCUACAGCAAUGAAUUAUUCAACCAAACACAAAUUCCCUUAAAUUUGGGUCAAGUUUGCAUUGUCUAAAAGAUGUAAAAAAUGAAAGUUUGAAAACCUUUCGAAUAUGCAAAAAGAUAUUCAUAUCCGAUUUUCCAAUGCAGUCAGUCAAGAACGAGUAAGAUGGGUGUUUCACAAGAGCUCUAUUUGCUGCAGUGUGUGGCCUACAAUGCCAGCAUUGCUUGCAUAUUUUACGAAAAGAUAAUUCCCUUUUUUUUUUCAGUUUAUUUCUCACUGCCACAUUUGACGGGGUCUAGCACAAGUUUUGAGAUGUCAUAGUAAAAGAAAUAUAUCACAGAAUCCUAUUUUUUUACUCAAGUUUCAGAACUUUGUUGAGGUUUUCUUUUUCUACGCUAACUUCCUAAAAUCUGCUGUCGACUUACCAGCUGAUAAAUGACAAGUUUGUUGUAAAAAAGGGAGAAAAGGCAAUCAGUGGUACAAAUCUUAUCUUGCUACGUAAGGUUCCUUGAAAUGUUUACAACCUAUAUUAUUGUCAUUCUGUGUUUAUACUGUAAAUGUUUUUUCAUGACUGUUUUAUUUCUGUCUGUCCUGGAAGAGGGACGAUCUACUUUAUGUUUCUCCCACUAAGGGUUCUUGAUCCAAAGCGGGAGCCUGAGGACAGAAGGCUUCUAAUUCUGUACAGAUUGUAAAGCUACGGGACAAUUUUUAAGAUUUGUGGUGAUGUAAUAUUAAUAAAACAUCCAAAACUCUGAC